GAGGUAUAGCAGCCACAAUAGUCUUAGGAGUACAAACUUAGCAAGAAGAGUUCGAGAGGGAGAUGGUUCCCAGCCUCUACAUACCCCAAGAGCCGAGGUCCAGGUUGGUGGUACACCACCACAGGGUCCCCAACCAUGAAGAGUCUCGAAACCAACCCUCCA